UUUUUUAAUGCAUCAUUUUAAUGGUGUUGUUUAUAUGGUAUGAAAGAGUAAAAGAUAUUAUUCUACAUAAUCAUUCAUUUAGUUAACUACAAUAAGUUUGUGAAACUGAUGUGAAAUAAUUUACAAAGCCAUAGAAAGAGGACCUCUUAUGGUUUUAUGGUGUUAUGGUCACAUAAAAGCUCUUGUACCAAGUAUGAUUUAGUUGAGUAGAAUAAAAGUGAAAAUAAAACAUGAUCCAGAACCAUUAAUUGAACACUGAAUCUGGAUAUGACAUGGGAUUGUGUAUUAUCACACCAAAUAACUCUGAUAGCAGUAGGUUUGGAUUUUCCACAGAUAUUAACUAAAGUUAGUGAAAAUCAUGUUGCACUGUUAUAGUUGAUGUAAAAUUGCAAAUAUUUACUAUACUAUACAGUUUGACAUAAUACCUACACUCACAAUACCCCAUUACCACAAACACAUUCUCUAUCUAUGGUUAUGUGUAUCUACAGUGUACAGAGUUCUCAUAGAAAUAACAAACUUUCACUGGAUCUAAUAUUCUCAGUGUACUUUCCAUGCAUUUUAAAUUAAUUUUAAGAAGUAUCAGAAUUCUUAUUCUCAUUGCAGUUAUAUUCAUGGUAGCCUAAAUCAUUAAAUGCUCAUUUUUUCAGGACAAGUUGGGUGCCUCAGGAGGACAUUGUGCUAAGAGAAUAAAGACAAGUAGCAAUGGUUAAAAAAGGCUAUGCCAGCUUGAUUCUUACUUCUAUUUCCUUAGAAUAUCUUUUUCCUACCCUUUACCUAGAGGUCUAUCCUUGAUGGAUUCUGUUUUAGCAUCCGUUCUGUUAGCUGUGACAUUUUAUUGGUGAAUUAAGAUCAUUGAUAUUGAGAGAUACCAAUGAGCAGUGAUUUAUUAUUCCAAGUAUUUCAGAUUUCAGUGGUGGUGGUGGUAGUUAGUGUGUAUGCGAUUCCUUUUUUUAUGUUUUGCUGAUAAUGUGAGAUUAUUUCAUGUGUUUUUAUUUGUAUAGCAUAAUACAGUGACCAGGCAAGAGAGCAAGUCAGGAAACAGUGUUUGCUCAUUUUCUAUCAUGAGUUUCAAUUCUAGGCUCUAAUGGGAUGGACUGUGAUCUGACAGAACCAUCAAAAAAACAAAAACAAAAGACCUGGUUAUUACUUGUGAUGCUUUUGCUUAGAGGAUUCAAUCACAGCAUCAGAGUAACAAGUUAGAACAACAACAAAAUAAUAUGUAAAAAGCGAUUUUCUCUCUGCUGGAGAGAAACUUGGAAUAUUUUCUUUUGGAAGAAUGUGAAAAAUAUUAGAAAUUAAGGUAGCAAAUGGCAUACAAAGCUGUACAGAGAGCUUAAUCAGCUGUUCGUAUAGGACCUGGAAGACCAGAGUUUUGAGAGUAAGGCAGACAGAAGAGGUCAAGGUAAUAGGAUUUCAGUGAAAAAAUAGACUCCAUGAAAAAUUUAGCUUGCAGUCAUUUGUGUGGUAUUUUGGCUCCAAAUCUUUCUUAUUCUGCCUGUGCCCUGAGAAAUUGAGUAAGGCAGACUACACUGAUUUAGUAGAAAAAUUCUGAAUCUGUUGGAUGCCUGUUACUAAUGACUCAGGACUAUGAUGAAAAAAGCAACAUGUGGGACAGAAAUAAUGCAGUUUAUGUUUUGUAAAGAAAAACAGCACUAGGUAGUUUCAGAUGGCAGUCAAGUGCUGGAACAGAAGCAGGAAUUUUCAAGGAGAUUAUUACCAUUCAAGAGAAGGUCCAAGUAUGUGCCCCAAUGGUAAUACUGCUAAGCAUUAAAUAAAUGGAAGAAGUAGGCAGUUAUUCCUAGUCCCAGGAAAGAACUUCAUAUAAAAUCUGCUGCAACUGUGGAUCAAGUGUGGCAGAGUCUGUUUCAAAACUGACAGGAUCUCCCAUCUUGUGCUGGUUGUGGAAACAAAAAAGAUGCAAAACUCAAAGGCUAGGAAUUCUUUCUCUGUGGUUUCAGUUCAGCACAGUUACCUCCAUCCAUGUUUGACAAAGUCAGAGCUCCAGUGUGAGGAUGAAUCCUUGGUUACCUUUUGAGACUACAACCUGUUGAGAUACUCAAGUUACAAGGCAUCUGCCAUGGAGAGCUGCAUAUAGGGAAUAGAAGUAAGCAAACUGAGAGAUGUAUAAAAAGUUACGGGAUAGAGACAGUUUAUUAAUUUGAAACUGAAGCCCCAUGUGUCUGCCACAGAGCUACCGGAUAUGGUGUUGCCCUGCUGGGUUUGUUGUCUUGGUUCAAUCUUCCCUCACUAUACACAUUUCCUUUUUAUUGGAAUGAGAAGGGGUAUUAAGUGCCAUUGUGUGUUGUCUUCUGAUUUUACAAGGUAUGGCAAUUAAGAGAUUGUCUUGAAUGUCUGAAGAAACUUUGGAUAUUUGAACAGUAUGAGUUGUUGUAGAAUAUGAGGAUCAUUGAAGUUAGAAUGUUUAUUUUCAUCAUGGAAUAACCAUGAGCCUAUAUGACCAGAAUCAGAAUAUAAUAGAGUGAGUUAAAAAGCUCCCAGAUAGUAUGAUGUCUUUGAGCACUUGUCUCUCUCUUUUGUCGUUUUCUUGGGGAGUUUGAGGAAGCUUUUAUAGUAGGAACCAUUCUAAAUUCCUUAUUGUGGGUAAAAUAUGAAUAUCUAUAAACUCAACCAUUUCCUGUUCUUUAUGUCUACUGUGUUGUGGUUGAAACUGAUCGAUCAACCACCUUUUCCUUCUCAUGCUGGCAUGCUUUCACUAUUAUAGACUAUAACUUUAAAUCAACUCCAGUUAUAUCAGAAGCAAUUGCUAUUCAGUAAUGAGUUAUUUUGCUAGCCAGAUGUUUUGAUAUUUUAAACUUUGUUUUUGUUUUUGAAGGCAAAGUUUCGCUGUGUAACCUUCCCUGUUCUCAAAGUAGGAAUUAGACAAGGCAGACUUCAAACAUAGAGAUCCACCUAGCUCUAGAGUUCUGGUGGCCAAUGUGCCUGACUUGUUUUUGUUUUUAUAUAUUGGCUGAUGGUCCUAGAAUGUUGGUUUUUGUACAAGUCAAGCAUAUACUGUUGUGCUGAUCUUCCUCCACAUCUCCAAUUUUUAAGUUUGACAGAGAGUAUAUUCUGUUUUUCAAGACAGCAUAUAUUUAUGAUGUUAAUAAUACUUGAGCCUUCUGAGUCAUUGAAUUGCAGAUGUGUGACAUUAUUCCUACCUGUCAUGUUUGUUUUGAAUUUUUAAAAAUGAAUAUUAUGUUGCAUCUAUGCAUGGUUAUGGACCUGACUUGUGCCUAUUUCUCAUAGUAGUCAGAACAUGACCUCAGAAUUCCUAAAGUUCGAAUAGUAGAUAGUUAAAAGCCACCUUGCAUGAACUGGCAAUUGAUUCCAAUUAUUCACAAGACUAGCAAGAGCACUUCACUGGAUGCAGUAACCUUUGAUGAUGUGCAUGUGGACUUCACUUCAGAAGAGUGGGCUUUGUUGGAUCCUUCCCAGAAGAGUCUUUACAAAGAUGUGAUGCUAGAGACCUACUGGAACCUCACUGAUAUGGGUUACAGUUUGGAAGACCAUAAUAUUGAACAUUUUCAAAGUUCUAGAAGACAUGGAAGAUCUGAAAGAAGUCAUACUGGAGAGAAAUCCUAUGAAGAUAUUAAGUAUGGUGAAGCCUUUGUACAUCACAGUAGUCUCCAAAUACGUAAAAGAAUUCAUACUGAAGAGAAAUUCUAUGAAUGCAGUCCACAUGGUAAAGCCUUUGCAAAUCACUGCCAUCUUCGAAUACAUAAAAGAAUACAUACUGCAGAGAAUCUCUACAAAUGUAUUCAAUGUGGUAAAGCUUUUUCAGGUCAUAAUACUCUCCAAAAACAUAAAAGAACCUAUUCAGAAGAGGAACCCUAUAAAUGUAAUCAAUGUGGUAAAGCCUUUGCACAUCAUAAUAUUCUUCAAAAUCAUGAAAGAACUCAUAUCGGAGAGAAAACUUACAAAUGUAAUGAAUGUGAUAAAGCCUUUUCACAACACUAUUAUAUGCGAAUACAUAAAAGAAUACACACUGGAGAGAAACCUUAUGAAUGUAAUCAGUGUGGUAAAGCCUUUGCAUGUCUCAGCAGUCUCAAGUUGCAUGAAAGAACACAUACUGGAGAGAAACCCUACAAAUGUAACCAAUGUGGUAAAGACUUUGCAAGUCAUAGUCAUCUUAAAAGACAUAAAAGAACACAUACUGGAGAAAAACCCUAUGAAUGUAAUCAAUGUGGUAAAGCAUUUUCAGAACACCAUGCUCUCCGAGUACAUGAAAGAACACAUACUGGAGAGAAACCCUUUGAAUGUAACCAGUGUGGUAAAACCUUUAAACUACACAGUCAACUCCGAAUCCAUAAAAGAACACACACUGGAGAGAAACCCCAUGAGUGUAAUCAAUGUGGUAAAACUUUUGCAUGUCCUAGUAGUUUCCAAAAACAUAAAAGAAUACACACUGGAGAGAAACCCUAUGAAUGCAAUCAGUGUCUUAAAGCCUUUACCUAUCAUAGUAGUCUCCGAAAGCAUGAAAGAACACAUACUGGAGAGAAACCCUUCAGAUGUAAUCAGUGUGAUAAAGUCUUUUCACAGCACAAUAGUCUCCAAAUACAUAAAAGAACACAUACUGGAGAGAAGCCCUACGAAUGUAAUAAAUGUGGUAAAGCCUUUCCAUAUGACAGUAGUCUGCGAGUGCAUAAAAGAACACACACUGGAGUGAAGCCUUAUGAAUGUAACCGGUGCGGCAAAGCCUUUGGCUAUCACAGUCAUCUUCAGAGGCACGAAAGAACACAUACUAGAAAGGAACCUUAAUAAUGUAAGCAAUGUGGUAAAGCCUUUGUAUGUCACAAUAAUCUUCAAAGGCACAAAUGAAUUCAUACUGGAGAAAAACCUCAAGAAUGUAUAUAAUAUGGUGAAGACUUUGUAUGGUUUUAUAAUCUUCAUCAUCAUGAAAGUACAUUUACUGGAGAGAAAUUCUAUGAAUGUAAGCAAUGGGGUAAAAGCCUUUGUGUUACAGGGCCCACUUAGAUCCAACACAGCUAAAGUACCAGGUUAAUGCUGGUAACAGUUUAUUAUAAUCAGGCCAUUACUGAUCAAUCAGGGCCACAGAACAUACUCAGCAGCUGAACUUUAACACUGAGCCAAAAUAGUACUGGACUUUAAAGCUUGAAACACCUGUUCCAAGGUGCAGCAAUGUUUUCCCACCAAUCAGAUUUAGGGGUAGGGGUUUUCCUUAUGUAGUUGGUCUCUGUCAACUGAUGCAGAAUGUAGCUUUUACAGUCUAAAAAUUAUAUUCAUUUUCUCUUUGGGGUUAGAAACAGACAUUGUGUUUUGGGAAACAAAAGAUGCAUAACAGAAGCUGUUAUUAGCAACAGUCAGUAUGUUUUGAAAAUUAAGGACCAUGGUUAGGAACAAUUAUGUUUUGGGGAGCAAAGAUGAAUAAUGGAAGCUUAUCAGUUAUUAGGAAGUCUCCAGCUCCUUUAUGUUCUGGGAAUUUUAAUUUAGUUUCACUAUAUGAUUAAAUAAAGACUGGUAACAAAAUGGCUAUACUUCAGACAAUUUCUUUUACUUGUCCACAGCAUUUGCAUAUUACAAUCAUCUUUGAAUACAUAAAAGAGAGAAAUCCUAUAAAUGGAGUCAAUGCUAGGAAGCCUUUUCUCAGAACGGGUAUUUACAAGUAUAUAAAAGAACAUAUCCUGGCGAGAAACCCUACAAAUGUAAUCAGUGUGAUAAAGUCUUUUCAUAACAUAGUUAUUUACGACUAGGACAAGAAGAACAAGUAUGGGAGAGAAACCCUAUGAAUGUAAGCAAUAUGGUAAAGCCUGUACAUGUAGCAGAAUUCAUGAGAAAGCCAUACUGCAAAGAAACCCUAUAAAUGUAGUCAGUGUGGUAAAGCUUUGCAUUUCAUGGUAUCUUUAUUCAAUACCAAAACUCUUAGUGUGUAAUCAAUCUGUUAAAGGCUUUACACAUCAUAGUAGUGUUUAGGACCUGAAAGAAUUCAUACUGUAGGGGAUCUAUUAUAAUUUUACAUGAACUUUUUAAAUUUAUAAUUAAUAUAAUUUUAUAAAGUAUGUAAGCCAUCAUACUUUAGUUGCACAAGAUUAUUCUGGAAAAAACAUCUGACAAGUGUCAAUAAUCUAAGCAUUAUGAUGUUCCUCUUUAUUUUGUUUGUACUUGUAAAUUCAUGUGUACAAUAGCUGUGUGAAUCUAAAUGAUAAGAUAGCCCUUUUAGAUUUCACAAUUCUCUUCAAUUAUAUGAGAUAACUCAUCCAGAUGUAAAAGUUUAUGGGUAUGUAAUAAUGCCUUUUCUGUUGUUGUAAUAAAGUGUAAUUCCUAGGGCCACUUAUAAAAAAGUUUGAUUUGACUUAUGGUUCCAGAGGGCUAUGGGAUCACCAUGAAAGUGGCAGUGCAACAAGUGUCACACAUGACAGCUAAAAGAGGAGGCUUAUACCACACAUCCUCAAUAUACAGCAUGAAUUAGAGUCAGACCUAGAAAUAGUGUGCAGAUCUAAACUUUCAAACCGACUGCAAGUGAUGUAUUUCCUUUAGCAGGGCAGCAUUUCUUAAAUCUUCCCCCUAAAAAUAAUACCAAUUGAGCAACAUUGAAUUCUCUAACUUCAUGCCUAUGUUCUUACAUUCUGUUACCAUUCAUAAUGAAGAAAAACUGUAGGUAACCUUUUAGGUGCCUUAACACCUGAGUUAAAGGAAUGAAUACUUGCAUAAGAAAAACAUUCAU